UGCGUGGUUCAUCUAUUCAUAGGUCCAUAGUAUGCAGCACUGCGCAUGGCUGAUGCACUGGGUUAUUGUUAAAAAUAGACCUUGACAAAAAGUAGUGCCAGUUAAGGAAUACUACGAAAAUUUAAUUCCUCAUAGAUAAAUUCCAAUAUUGUAAAUUAUUGAAUUCUAAAGAAUCUUUCGCAAUGGCUGCACGUUCUAUCUUCAAGCAUAUUAAACAAUCCAAAUCAAUCAUGCCACCAUUUCAUAAAGGGGCUACAUCAAUGUCUGCUUUCGAAGUUCAACAUAAAACACCAACAAUAAAAAAAGUUAUGCCAAUACCAAAGGCCCACUACGGUGGGCGACAUACUGUCACUAUCCUACCUGGUGCAGGUAUCGGACCUGAACUUAUGGGAUAUGUAAAAGAGGUGUUUACUUUUGCCGGAGUACCAGUAGACUUUGAAGACAUCGACAUUGAUCCAAAUGCAGAUAAUAACGAUGAUUUGUAUUAUGCGAUCACAGCUAUUCGUAGGAAUGGAGUUGCACUGAAAGGGAAUAUAGAAACUCGAAGUAGAGAAGCUGGAGUCCUCUCUCGCAAUGUUGCUCUGCGUAAUGAACUAGAUCUGUACGUCAAUGUUCUGCACUGUGUGUCCUACAAAGGUGUCAGGUCACGACAGCAAAACAUAGACAUAGUAAUCGUUAGACAGAAUACGGAAGGAGAAUAUGCUAUGCUGGAACAUGAAAGCGUUGAUGGAGUAGUAGAAAGUAUGAAGGUUAUCACCAAAUCUAAUUCCGAACGUGUUGCACGUUAUGCUUUCGAAUAUGCAAAGCGUAAUAAUCGAAAAAAAGUUACCACGGUGCAUAAAGCAAACAUAAUGAAACUUUCUGAUGGAUUAUUCCUAGAAACUUCACGAAGGGUCGCUAAAGAUUACCCUGAUAUCCAAUUCAAUGAUAUGAUCAUCGAUAAUACCUGCAUGCAACUCGUGGCAAAUCCUCAUCAAUUCGAUGUUGUCCUCACAACAAAUUUGUAUGGAGCUAUUGUAUCAAAUGUAGUUUGCGGUUUAUUAGGCGGUGCUGGUCUUUUAGCAGGGAAAAAUUAUGGAGAUCAUUACACGAUAUUUGAGCCGGGUACCCGCAAUACGGGUAAACGUAUAGCAGGAAAAAAUGUCGCAAAUCCAAUCGCUAUGCUUAAUGCUGCUGUAGAUAUGUUACGCCAUCUAGGCCACAAAGAGCACGCUGUUUUGAUUCAGAAUGCCAUCAACAAAACCGUUAAUGAAGGAGUACAUACGCCAGACCUCGGUGGAACGGCCACUAGUAGAGAUGUUGUUGAAAAUAUAAAGAAACAUAUUAAGAUUGCUUCGAUCUAAAAAGACUGAUCAUAUUGUCUCUUUUCAAAGCCUAGAAAACAGACACAUGUUGGAACUCGUAGAAUUAGUAACGUCUAGUAAAUUGAAACUUGACCCCCCCCCCCCCUUGAAUGUUAAAUAAUCCUGAGAUGCAUUGUAGACAUAAAAUACAAUGUAAAAAUACUGUUUUUAUUAUCGCUGUAAUUGCUAUUUAUUUUUAAAUGUGUAAAAUAUACCGUCAACCGGGGUGAAUCUCUAAAAUAAAUUUGACAAAGCCAUUAAGGGGUUAACAUGUAAUUGUAUUUUCUAACUGAUCUUGGGCUGAAUAGAUCACACGAUGUCUACUUUAUUUCCCAUAUAAAUAAAUAUAUAUUUAUUUGUAAGAAACUUAUAAUGCUUAAAAUGUCAACUUCCCACGUCGUUCAAAGGUUAGACUACCAAAACUUUCAUAUGUAUGUUAUCUCACAAAGAAGGAAUUCAAAAUUACCGAAAUUACUAAUGCUUGAAGCUCUCUCGGAGAGGAAUAAAAUCCCUCCUAAUUGUUUUCUUGUUGUUGUUAAUUUCGUUUUUAAGUUAUUCAUAAAUAACCCAAAUCGCGAGGUGAGUCUGAGUUACGGUUUGUGAAAAACUAGUGAUUCGCCACGGUUGACAUACUGAAUUUCACAAAACUUAUAAAAGAAAAUAUACAAUUUUUAUAGAUUACUAAAAUCAAUUUUGUUGUUGUUCGAUUAUUGUAAAAAUGGGGUAAUCUAUGAUUUUAAAUGGCAAUAAUUCAUUAUAACGUCAUGUUUAUUUUUUUAAUGAAAUAAGCUAUAUUUGAUAUCAGGAAAAACUCUAACCUUCCACUAAUCGCUCGGAUGUGGGAUUUUCCAUUAUUAAUUACUUUUAUCUGUAAUUACAUAACUGAAAUG